UUUAGUGAUUGUGACCGAACUGCCUUCAAUACUUUCUCAUGCGGUAUUGGAUACUGGAAGUAAGUCGAUCGUAUCAGUUGAUAAGCGCAGCCCUUUGUACAGACAUGCAGUAAACGGACUGAUAAGCGAGCAUUGCCUCACCAAUAGCCAUUGGAUCCAACUUUUCUCUCCAUCGGAGCUCUCUCGUACAGGUGUGCAGCGUACUUCGGUUAUCAGCGAUUUGAUUUACUUUCUAUAAAACCAUGUAGCAUUCAAGGGCUAUUCAGGCAGUUCGUGAGACCCUUUGUCAGAAUCAACUGGUUGAACUUAGGUUCCUGGUGGAACUUCGGAAUGGAUCACAAUCAUGGCGGACCGGAUGAUGUGGAGAUGUUGUGUCCGAUGCAGAUGUCGUUUCACGGUGGGAGCUGUGAAGUGAUUCUGUUUCCAUCCUGGGCUACCACCGAAGUGGCUCAGUUUGUGGGGGCAUGGUUUGGAUUCUUUCUACUGGCACUGCUGUACGAGGGACUCAAGUUUUCGAGGGAAAUUCUGAGGACCAAGGAGCUCCAGACCUUAGCUUCGAGCGGUACGCGAAACAUGCGAUAUCACUUGACGAGUAAGCUUCAUGUCAUCCAAUCGGUACUGCACUUGAUCCAGGUGUCCGUGUCCUACGUGCUGAUGUUGAUCGUCAUGACGUUCAAUCUGUGGCUGUGUCUGGCCGUCGUUUCAGGAGCUGCCGUCGGUUACUACUUCUUCGGUUGGUUUCGUCAAAGCACACUGGAUCCGAACGAGUGCUGUAACUGACCGGAUCAAGGAUCACUUGAUUGAACCGUAAAUUGUGAAAUAGUUUAGGUUAGGUAAAUACAAGCAGCGACAAUCGCUUGCCAGAUUUUGAGAUGAAACCUCCACUUUCGUAGCUACUAAGGACAAUGCACUGCUUGUGUACAGUAAAUUGUAAUGAACUCUAGCAACGUGCGGAUAGAGAUUAUGGUUAGUAAUGUAAAUAAAAGUGUACAGAAAUAGCGAAAAA